AUGCAAGAAAAAAAAGAUAGUGUAGAAGAAAUUUCUACAGAAAUGAAAACAAACCUUAAGUUAUCAGAUAAAGAUUAUACAAAUAAGGACACUACAAAACAAUCAAUAAACUUUAAUGAACAUGUAGAUGAAAACAAUUUUGAAAUAAAAAUAGACCAUUUAGACCUACAAGAGAAAACUGAGAUACUUCGGUUACUAGAGAAAUAUAAAUCAAUUUUUGCAAAGAAUAAAUAUGACAUUGGAACAGUAAAGGAAUAUGAGGCUCGCAUCGACCUAUUGUUGGACAAAUAUUGCUGUAAAAGGCCAUAUAGAUGCACCAUAGAAGAUAAAAAAGAAAUAGAAGAUCAAGUAUCAAAGUUGUUGGAAAAAAAAUUGAUAGAAGAAUCAUAUAGUCCUUUUGCAGCACCGGUAACACUAGCCUUCAAAAAAGAAGAAAAUAGAAGAUCAAGACUCUGCAUUGAUUUUAGAGAUUUAAAUAAAAUAGUAGUACCACAGGCCCAGCCUUUCCCAUUAAUUGAAGACUUGAUGGUAAAAACAAGGAAUUGCAAUUAUUUCACAACAUUAGACAUAAAUUCAGCUUUCUGGUCGAUUCCAUUACGAAUUGAAGAUAGGAAAAAAAACAGGCUUUGUAACACAAGAAGGUCACUUCCAAUGGACCUGCCUACCAUUUGGCCUAAAGACUUCACCGGCAAUUUUUCAAAGAAUAUUAAGCAACAUCUUAAGAAAGUAUAA